AGCUGAUCGUCGUUCCAUAGCUAUAGUCGUACCUACAUCACACCACUAGCACUGAAAAUGGCAAAGGAUUCGCGUGUCCUAGUCUUGAGCCGGAGCACGGUGAAGGCGUCUGUUGCCCUUGCGGCCGCACCACGCGUCGUCGCCGUCUCCAACCUCGACCUGCUGCCUCAGAGCAUCCCCAACUCGCUCUUCUGCGCCUACCGUAGGCCCAACGCCGGCGGCGGCUUCCGAGACGUGGUCGCAGCCUUCGAGGCCAGCCUACCGUCGUUGCUCGACCACUUCCUCCCUCUGACCGGCCGCAUCGUCGCCGACCCGCGGUCAGGGCGCCCGGAGCUGCUGCACUGCGACAACCAGGGCGCGGAGCUCGUCCUCGGCGAGGUGGGCGUGGCUCUCGCGAGUCUCAACUAUGGCAACCUGGGCGCGUCGUUGGCUGAGAUCGGCGUCCCUGUCCAGUACGACGCCGCCGUCGCCCUCUCGGUGCAGCUGGUGUCGUUCGCCUGCGGCGGGUUCGCCGUGGCGUGGGCCAGCAACCACAUGCUCCUGGACGGGUACUCGCUGUGCAUGCUCGCCAACGCGUGGUCCGAGCUUGCGCGCUCCGGGUCCGUGUCGGCCGCGCCGAACCACGACCGCUCGGUGUUCCGCCCACGCGCCCCGCCGUCGUACAGCCCGUCGCUAGGCGAGGCGUUCACGGCGUUGAAGGAGGAGCACCUCGUCAACGCUCUCACAACCGAGAGCUCCUUCGUCCAGCGCACCUACUACGUGGAGGCGCGUGACCUCGAGAAGCUGCGCGCGCAGGCGAGCCGGAGCCGGGCGGACGGCGAGGCCACCCGCCUCGAGGCGCUGUCCGCGUACCUGUGGAAGGCCUUGGCCGCCGUCGUGGGCUCGUCCGACAAGAGCUGCCGCAUGGGCUGGUGGGUGGACGGGCGGCGCCGUCUCACCGCGCUGAGGUUCAAGGCGGUGAUGCGCAACUACGUCGGCAACGUCACGACGUUCGCGGUGGCCGAGGCGAGCGUGGAGGGCCUCCGCGGGCGGCCACUCCCGGACAUCGCGUCGGCGGUGCGCGAGUCGAUCAGGUCCAAGGCCACCGACGAGCACUUCCAGCAGCUCGUGGACUGGGUGGAGGAGCACAGGGCUGCCAAGUACGUCGAGACGGCCACCGUCGGGCUGGGCAGCCCGGUGCUGGCCGUGACAGCGUUCACGUCCUUCAGCUUCGACACCGACUUCGGCUUCGGGCGGGCCGCGCUGGUGCUGCCCACGUCCAAGGACGGUGCGAGACUGUGCGACGGCUUCGUGCAGAUCAUCGCGCGCCCAGGAGGCGGCGACUGGCUCCUCACAAUGUACGUGUGGCCCAGGCUGGCCGCCGCCCUCGACAAUGACGAGCGGCGCAUCUUCAAGCCUCUCACCGCUGACUAUAUCGGCCUCAAUCAGUAUAGCCGUCUCUGAAUCUGAUCGUCCAUGUAUGUAUGUCGUCGUUGUGUGUAGCUUCCCAGCUUGAUUUAUGUAUCUGGUCAUGAAGAAAAAGAUGUUUUACCCUGAUUGA